CCAAAGAAGUGGAGGGAGUUGAAUCGGAACGACGCACGCAAAUGUGGAUCCCGGGAAGCAAACAGGAGGCUCAAUGAGAGUAGACCAAGGAGGAGAAACAGGAGGCCCAAUGAGAGUAGAGUAGACCAAGUAGGAAAAAACUUCUUUGGGGAGGGAGCGAUGGCUCUGCCGCAAGCACGCGUCAGCUGGACGGCGCUUGAGUUGUUGGAUGAAAGUGGGAACGGUUGCACGACAAGACGUGAGGAGGGAGCGAUGGCUCUGCCGCAAGCACGCGUCAGCUGGACGGCGCUUGAGUUGUUGGAUGAAAGUGGGAACGGUUGCACGACAAGACGUGAGGCGAUGGGCGCGGGAGGAGGAGCAUAUGCAGCAGGUGGUGGGGCGGCGAUUGAGCUGACCGCGGUCGAGGCAUCGGAUCCCCCACCCAUCCGGGGAGGAUAUGGUGUGCCUGGUACUAGCCGAGAGGCGUCGGAUGCAGCGCAGCUACCGCCCACGCCCGCCUCAGAUCGUGGCGGCGGCAGGCCUCGCGGUCGUCCCGAUUACACCAUGGAUUUCACCAUGGAUUUCGCCGUGGAUUUGCCGCGCAAUUACGCCAUGGAUCAAUCGAGAACGUUCGUUGGGCCAAGCGGGUACGUUCCCACUUAUAACUACGGCAGGGAGGAAUCGAGGACGUUCGUUGGACCAAGUGGCUACCGCCCGCGCCGGCCGCCAGAUAACCGGGUAAUAGAGGGGGUUGGAGGACAGCAUUUGGUUCCGAUGAGCGGUGCUUUGGGAGUGCCGCAGUCGCGAUGGCGCGCCGGCGGCGGCGCCGGCGCCUUUGCAGCAGCAGCAGCAGCAGCAGCAGCAGCAGCAGGAGGAGGAGGAGGAGGAGGAGGAGGAGGAGGAGGAGGAGGGGGGGAUUCGUACGUGAAUUCCGAAUCUGAUUCGGGAUACGAUCCUUUCAUUGAUCCGUACGGAGAUUUGAAUCCCGAUCGCAGUGGCCUUGAUGAUGCGCCUGAGGUCGACGGAGAGCGGAUCUCCAUCGGAGAGAGGGACUCUUUCCGACGGUUCCUUUCCAGGUUGGCUAUCUUAACAAGGAUCAUCCCGCCCCAUGCUCCUUUCGUCCGCCGUUGGAACCAAAUGUUUGCCGUCACGUGCGUGGUUGCGCUAUAUAUUGAUCCGCUUUUCUUUUUUGUCUGCGAGAUUCAUGACGACCGACCCUGCGUGGAAAUUAAUCACGACCUCGCCAUGCUGCUGACGGUGCUGAGAUGUUUCACCGAUUUUCUGUAUCUCCUUCACAUCAUCCUCCGAUUCCGAAUCGGCUAUUUGAAGAAGUUCGGAUUCGCGCACGGUCAAGUAAUCGAAGACCCGAAGAAGAUCGCCAAGCGUUACCUGAGGUGGAGAUUCUUCAUGGAUCUUCUUGGUGUCCUUCCUCUUCCUCAGGUGAUAUUGUGGGUGAUUAUUCCCCAGAUGCUUCGUUCAGGACAUGCAAAUCAGGUCCUGAAUGAGUGGUUGCGAAUGGUGGUCUUUCUGCAGUACUUCCCAAGGAUUGUGAGCUUUUUCCCUCUCGUUUUCAUGAUGCAUGCGAGCACCGGUUUUGUAUUUGGUACUUGGUAUGCUCUACCCGUGCUGUAUGCAGUGCUGUUUGCCUUGCUGUCCCAUGCAGUCGGUUCUACCUGGUACCUGUUGGGCCUACAGAGGGUCUAUGCCUGCAUGGUUGAAGAGUGUCGCAAGGCCGAUCGAUGCGACCCGAGCGUUCUGGAUUGUGAGGUGUAUCAGACGAUAGGUGCCGGGCACAUGAUGUCUAUCGGAAAAUGCCUUUAUCUUCAAGAAGAACGGAAAAUUAACUUUGAUUACGGCAUAUAUGAGCAGGUUUUGAAGGUGGUGCGAGGUAACAACGUGUUGAAGCGGUUGCCUUACUGCUUUUUCUAUGGCUCCAAGCUGCUGGGCACGGUCGGGGCAUCAUUGACACCGAGUAGAUACUACGGAGAAAGCCUUUUCUCUAUGGUGGUCAUUUGCCUGGGUCUCUUCAUGGUGGCCUUGGUGAUUGGCCAAGUGCAGACUGCAUUGGAGUGGUUGCUGAGCCGGUUCACCGACGUGCAACAGUUUCUUCGCGACCUCAAACACUGGGGAGCCCAUCGCCAAAUGCCGGAAGAUUUCAUGCAAAAAAUUUUGAACUAUGAGCAUUACAGAUGGCUUGCGAAUCGCGGUCUUGACGAAGACAAUCUCAUGCAACACCUGUCGGCCAACAUUCGAAAGGAAGUUAAGUUCACCAUGACCGCAUGGCUGGUCGCAAGGGUGCCGCUUUUUACGGACAUCGAUAUGAUAACUUUGGGCAUGAUCUGCGAGAAGCUGCAGCAGAGGAUGUAUCCGAAGGAUAGUGUGAUUACCUGUGAGGGGUGCCCUGUGAUGUCGAUGUGUUUCAUUGUCAGUGGGCGGCUGGAGUGCAAGAGCAGCAAUGACCCACCUGAUGUGUACGACCUUGUUGACGGUCAAUUCUUUGGGGAGGAGCUGUUGGGAUGGUGUCUGCUGAAGGAGUUACCAGGAUCCAAAAGAAAAACAAGGAGAAAGAAAAAGCGGUCAUCGAAGAAGAGGGUUGUGGAUAUUAUGGAUGACGAUGAUGAUCAUGAUGUCGAUGUCGAUUCGUCGGGUCCCUUCUCACGUGAUCAGCUUCCGCUGUCCCAGCGGAAUAUUGAAUGCGUGUCAGCGAUGGCAGACACAUUCGCCUUAGGGUAUGAGGAUCUGCUGUUCCUCUGCGAUCGUUGCCCUGGACUCCAGACAAAGGCAAUGAAAAGAAGGGUGAAAUGUUACUCGUAUCAAUGGCGUCAGUGGGCAGCAUUGACGAUUCAGACGGGGUGGAAACGAUUCAAAGCAAGGCUGCGAGGGAAGAAAGGAGACAGUCAAUAGCAGCACCAGUACGCAUCCAGGUCGUCAAGCAGCAGGUCCACCGCGAGUCAGUCGGGCGGAGCAAGCUGACGAGAAUCUGUUCGUUCGGUUGGCCAUCAUAUUUGAUCCUUGAGCUGAUCAAAUCAAGGCUCUGGUAUUCGCAGGUCAGCAUAAGUCGGUGAUGAAGGAGUGUGAACGCUUUCGAAGAAGCCAGACUGGCGGUGGAUUGAUUCGACAUCUGUCCCAGAAGGUAGGUAGGUUGGUGUCUGAGGGAGGUGCACCCCAACUAGCUUGGUGAGUUUUGCUUCUAGUACUGGCCUGUCUCUUGCGCAUUGCACAUGCACUGUGUGUGUGUGUGUGUGUGUGUGUGUGUGUGUGUGUGUGUGUGUGUGUGCGUGUGUGUGUGUCUUUCGCAUCCUCUCCUUGUAUCGUUUCUUCCCAUACUAAUCCCCAUCCCUCAGUUUACUUUCUUCGACGCCGAGGUACAUUCAUUGUAUAACGGACGGUUUUGUUCAGGAUGAUUGACUGUACACGUAACUGUGCCUUGCCCCAUCCUAGGUAGGUCCUGCGGACUAUCGGGAGAAACGUUGGCGUGUUCUAUGGUAUUUAUUCUUUUAUCAAUUUCCUCUUUGAAUUUGCUUGGAUAGAUAUUGAUUAUGUUUUGAUUAUUAGUAGUAGUAUUAAUAACUGCAUAACUCCUCUGGUCGAAAUUCCCAUCAGUCGGUCCCUGUGGGGCUGAUGUGCAAUCUGAAUCCUCAUAAGGUCGGUGGCCAUAUUUCCAAGUGGUUGAUUGGUUGAUUAUAUGUGUCCGUACCUCUGGGCCUAAGCUGUCGUCCGUGCGCCUGCAAGGAUUCGAACCGGUAACCUCGGCCUCAAGAGCCAAGUCUCUUUACCACUACAGCUAGGACACGGUGUUCGUGGGUUUCAGCAGCAGCAUCCAUCAUAUUCCCAAUUCGGCUGCUGGCCUGGUAUUCAGCAGGGAGCAUCGUAUUUGGUCACAAUUUUAUUCGAAUGUCUCUGCUGAGUCUGCUUCCUGAAAUGGAGCAGGUAGCAGGUAGUGUGUUUUUCAAUCAACAAUAGGGACGGCUACUUUCCGAUCCCUUUUUAUGUUAUCGUUUCAAGUAUAUUUUGUCAUUGAAGAGUGCCAAAUAAAAUAAAGCAGUCUGUUGCAA